AUGAGCAUGAACGUAACGUACGAUUCAAGCCGCGAUCUUCGACGUACUCGAUUAAUUCUUCUAUUGACACUGUUUUUUGUUGGCUUAACUGGUUGUUCAUUAGUUUUAAUAUGGCUAAUACGUUAUACACGAUGGAAUGCACGAUCAUCUCGUAUAUGUUCACUUAUUCUCAAUUUAAUUAUGGCUAAUUUAUCCGUUUAUAUAUUUGCUACUGGCGUACAAAUAUAUUGGGAGUUUCAAACGAAUCGACAAUGGCCAUUUAAUGAUCUACUCUGUCGACUUGUGAAAUUUUUUCAAAGUUUUUCUAUUCUAUCAGCAACAUAUAUUGUUGUUGCCAUGGCCAUUGAUCGUUGUAUUGCUAUUGUUACACCAUUAAAAGUGAGGAAAAUUCGUGUCUUGUAUCUAUGCGGUAGCGCCUGGACACUUGCAGGUCUUUUAUCAACACCGAAUAUUUUUAUAUUUCAUUUACAAGUAAAUGAUACAGUUCGUCAUUGUACGGCAAUAUUCAAUCAGCAAUCAUCUCGUACGGGACGUCGGGUUUAUUUGACAUUUAUUUCACUUGUCGUUUACUUCAUUCCAUUUCUUGUUGUGGUAUUUAGCUAUUCAUUAAUUUUUAUCAAAUUAUUAUUUCAUGAACUUGACCAACGAGAUUCACUUAUCAGUCUUUCAUCACCAGCAUCAGCAUCAUCAGCAUUUUUAUCUUGUUGGUCAAAAUUAUUUAAUAGGAAUGACUCGACAGUCGGAUUUCUCAAUCCAAAUAAUCAUCUGCGACCUAGAAAUUUAUCAUCGAAUCAUUUAUAUAUAGAACAAAAAGUAGUAGAUAGAUAUACGAAAGCUCGAUCAAAAACUUUUCGUAUGAUUAUUGUACUUGUUCUAUUUAUGAUUAUAUUUGGUGCACCCUAUUAUUGCUUAGAAUUAUAUGUUGCUUAUACUGGUCGUCAACCAUCCGAUACAAUAUUAGCCUUAGCUGGUGGUGCAGCUGUCGCACCGUCAUCAAUAGAUCCAUGGAUAUUUCUUUUAUUUUGGGUGAACUGGAGUGAACCCGCCGUAGCUAAUAAUCGACGAAAAUUAAUUAAUUUAAAUUUACAACAGCAAAAUUGGUCUCAAUCAAGACGAAACAAUCGAUUCAAUACAUUUCGUACAUCAUCGGCAGCAAGUAAUCUAAAUCAACAUGAUAUUCUUGUUUCAAAUUCAGCCCGUUCAUUACCGUUCAGUGUUAACAACUUGUCGAAACUUGAACUAUGA